AUGGUGUUCAGGUCGCCACUCGACUUUUUCUCCGCCACUCGUCUCCUUCUACCUCCGUUCCCAGAUGGGACCCCUAUCCUGGCCCGUUCCGGUUCCCCGGAGGACCUCCCCACUGCCUGUCCUCCUCUGGCUCUCCCGGGAUUGUGUUUCUCUGCGGCUCAGAUCGCCAGCGUCUGUGAGACUCUGGAGGAGACCGGAGACAUCGAGCGGCUGGCCCGCUUCCUCUGGUCCCUCCCGGUGGCCACAGACGGCCGCGACUCCAUCUCUGAGCACGAGUCGGUGCAGCGGGCUCGCGCCGUGGUGGCCUAUCACACGGGGAGUUUCCGCGAGCUGUAUCACAUCCUGGAGACGCACCGUUUUACGCGCGCAUCUCACGGUAAAUUACAGGCGAUGUGGCUCGAAGCUCACUACCGGGAAGCAGAGAAGCUCCGGGGGAGGCCACUCGGACCUGUGGACAAGUACCGCGUGAGGAAGAAGUUCCCGCUACCGAGGACCAUUUGGGAUGGAGAGCAGAAGACGCACUGUUUCAAAGAGCGCACACGGGGGCUGCUGAGAGAGUGGUACCUGCAGGACCCGUAUCCGAACCCCGGGAAGAAACGGGAGCUGGCUCACGCCACCGGGCUGACACCCACUCAAGUUGGAAACUGGUUCAAAAACCGGAGACAGAGAGAUCGGGCGGCAGCAGCCAAAAACAGGUUGCAGCACCACAGGAUGUGUCCAGGUGGUGCGCGUACACUUAGCGGAGGAGAGUGCAGUCCAGACGGGAGCGCGGAGCGAGCGGAUGGAGAAACUCUACUCUCAGUAACAGACAGUGACUCUGAUUUGGAUGUUUGA